AUGGAUCACGAGGAGGAGGCUCCUCCGCCGCCCUACUCCGCCGUCGACCCGUUGCUCUCGGCCAACAACAAUAAUAAUACUAAUAGUAACAAUAGCAACAACCACAACCAAAAUGCGGCUGCUUCGUCAGAGGUGAAUCGCGUACUCCUCCGUCUUCGCGCGCAGAGCUCCCCCCUCUCUGAUUCUGCGUUGAGUGCUGGUUCCAGUUCCUCCCUGGUCACUACUACAUCCCCGCUACUACCCGUCAAUUUCACCUCCGCCGCCGCUUACUUCGUCGAGAGACCACCCCCUGCCUCGGACGACGGAAGACCGGUCCAGGAGCAUCAGCUAACGAUAUACCCGCGAAGCCAGUCGAGGGAUUUCCCCCGUCGCCCUCGUUGCUGGGGCUCCCGACAGGAGGACAUCACCCAGCAGGACUGGGACACGUUUCUUCGAUAUUUGUUUCCCCCCCAUUUGGGACUGGCCUCCUCGUCUGGCCAGCUCCCCCGCCAAGUCAGAGCUGAAAUCCAGCGAGACCGCAAGGAUCGACCUCAGGAGACGGAUGGGCAGCGUAAGAUGCGGAUUUCGGCCGUGAUCACGGAAUGGAACCAAUACUUUUUUGAGCUGCGUGCCACGCGCAUCGUAUUUGCCUACGUGACCGACCCGCAGAACGCUCCGCCUUCGCCUCUCUGUCCUCGAUGUUAUCCCGCUGCGACGAGGGUGUCGUCGGAGAAUCGGUUGGGUCCAUCUCCCGAGGCUGGCCGUGGCCGCCUGAUCGUGCGACCCGACGCGGCGCCAGCUGCCGCUCGACCGCAAAUUGCAUCGCAGACCAAUUAUACGUACCCACAAGCAUCUUAUAGUUAUCCAAGUCCGCCCGUGAACCCAAACCCGUACGGCCCAUAUGGUGCACCGUCGUACUUCCACCCUCUCACUCAAGCCUCUCGUGCAUAUCCUUAUGCUCCGCAGCCACCGCUCCCUUAUCAACAGCAGUACUCAUGGGGUUACUACAGUGGACCGUAUCCUACACCGAGUGCCCCCGGCUCAAAGGGUGGACCAUUCGGAUGGAUCGCUUCGCUCGCGUCUCAGGCGCAGAAGUACGGAGAACGCAUUACCGAGCAGGCCCAGCAAUAUGGGGACCAGAUCAGUGCUCAGGCGCAGCAUUAUGGCAGGCAGGUCGAAGAGCAGGCCAUGGCACAUGGCCGUUGGAUCGAAGAAAAGGCGGGUCUGCGAGAUGCAAAGAUGGACAGUGCAUAUGGUGGCAUGGUUCAUGCACCUCGCGGCGACUGGCCAUCCGCAGACCCCCGCCCUCAACCAAAUUACUACCCGGCCACCUACCACUAUCCCUACACCGGCACCGGCACCACCACAGGGAGAAAUUCGGUGGAGUCCGCGGCUGCGCCGGCACUCCCUCAACGCCCUCGCAGGGCAUCCACCUGCUCCAACGCGUCUGAGUCGUCAUUAACGUCCAUUGACUCUUUGUCGACGACGUCGGAGCUGAGUUCGUCCGACCUUGCAACCGUCCGGGCUCAGCUUCUUUCUCUUGAAGAUCAUCAUGACCGCGAUCUACACGAGGCGGUUGUGGGUCUUCGGCGUCAGCUGACCCUUUUACAAGAGUCGCGCCGCCAGAUGCGCGUGGAUGGACGAGGACAUUGGCGCAAUGGCUGGGGCCAGUACCCGCAGCAGGGUCAGGGACGUGGCAGCCUGGGCCGUUGGGAAUCGCCACAGCAGCGGCAACGCAGCAAGAUGGAAAAACGAGCCUUGAAGGAUGAGACGCGGGCCACGCGAAAGGCGUUUCGAGAUGUACUGCGUCGCGCCAGGGAUGAACAUCGAGAACAGCGACGGCUCAAGCGCAACCAGCGGCGGCAGGAACAGCGAAGCCGCCAGAUCGAAGCCGCUCCAUCGGAGCCACCGUUGGAGCAGCGACUGCAGAAUCUGGAGCUGGACCAAACCAACUGUGAGAGCCGUUCAACGGUCCAAUCGUUCUGCCCGUCGCCUACAAGGUCGCUCGUGUCCGAGGUUAGUGAGAUCAGCUCCAUUAGCACGCCGAGCUCGGUGUCGUCCCGUCCGAGUAACCACCCGACGAAUACCAGAAAAUUGGACUCGAAAGAGGGUAAGAAAGACAUGGAGAAGAGAGAGGCCGAUAAGGAGACGAAGAAAAAGGAUGAAACGGAAAAGUCUUCCGAUACGACGAAACCCAGUUCAUGA